AACAAAAACAAAAGGAAAAACCUAGAGAGAGAGUGUGUGUGUGUGUGCGCGUGUAAGAAAAAGAACAGAAAAAGAGGCAGCCAUAGCCAAAAGAGGUCGUGUCGGCUUCGACCAAACAUUGACGCACACAAACUCAUUGAACACUAUUGAACACAGGAGAGGAGACUCCAAGGGGGGUUUCCAUAGAUUGAUUGCUUUCUGCUGAUUUCUUUUUGGUGGUGUUUCUAUGGCUUUUGCGGCUCCAUCUGCUGAACAACAAGCAGGUAUCAAAGAUGGUCCUCUGUACCGAGAAUUAUGGCAUGCCUGUGCUGGACCUCUUGUCACACUUCCUCGUGAAGGGGAGCGUGUUUAUUACUUCCCACAAGGUCACAUGGAACAGCUUGAGGCAUCAAUGCAUCAGGGGUUAGAACACCAAAUGCCAUCGUUUAAUUUGCCAUCUAAAAUACUUUGCAAAGUGGCUUCUGUUCAGCGUAAGGCUGAACCUGAUACGGAUGAAGUUUAUGCACAAUUAACUCUGGUACCUGAAGUUGAUCAAAGUGAGGUUACGAGCUCAGAUCCCCCACUUCCUGAACCUGAAAGGUGCAUAGUCCAUUCAUUUUGCAAAACUCUUACUGCUUCUGACACUAGCACCCAUGGUGGAUUCUCGGUUUUGCGUCGGCAUGCAGAUGAUUGUCUGCCCCCACUGGAUAUGACCCAGCAGCCACCUUGGCAGGAAUUGGUUGCAACUGAUCUGCAUGGCAAUGAGUGGCAUUUUCGGCAUAUUUUUCGAGGGCAACCGAGGCGCCACUUACUCACUACUGGGUGGAGUGUCUUUGUUAGUUCCAAAAAAUUAGUGGCCGGUGAUGCAUUUAUAUUCCUGAGGGGGACAAAUGGGGAGCUGCGUGUUGGUGUGAGGAGGCUUAUGAGACAACAGACCAACAUGCCAUCUUCUGUUAUAUCUAGUCACAGCAUGCAUCUUGGGGUGCUUGCCACUGCAUCCCAUGCCAUUGCUACAGGAAGUAUGUUUUCUGUCUUCUACAAGCCAAGAACAAGCCGGUCUGAGUUCAUUGUGAGUGUAAACAAAUAUCUUGAAGCUCGUAGCCAUAAGCUAUCCGUUGGGAUGAGGUUCAAAAUGAGAUUUGAGGGUGAAGAGGUUCCUGAAAGAAGGUUCAGUGGCACAAUUAUUGGUGUUGGGGAUAAUAAAUCAUCUGGAUGGGCUGAUUCUGAGUGGAGAUCUCUAAAGGUUCAAUGGGAUGAACCUUCAUCAAUCCUGCGCCCUGAUAGGGUGUCUCCAUGGGAGCUGGAGCCACUUGUUGUGACUAAUACCUCUUCAAACUCACAACCUGCACAAAGGAACAAGCGGGCUCGACCACCUGUUCUACCUACACCAUCUUCAGAUCUUUCUUCACUUGGUAUGUGGAAAUCACCAGUUGAAUCUCCUGCUUUCUCAUAUUGUGAUUCACAACGUGGACAUUCAUCACCUAAAUUCUCCUCUACUGCAAAGCCUAACUCUGUGGGCUUUAGUGGGAAUGGUUCAGUUGCUGCAGUUUCUAGCAACUCCAUGUAUUGGUCUAACAGAGUGGAGAGUGUUACAGAAUCUUUUGCACCAGUUGUUAACAAAGAAUCUUGUGAAAGAAAGCCGGGCCCUGGGAAUGGCUGCAGGCUGUUUGGUAUUCAACUUGACAAUGUGAACAUGGAAGAAAAUUCCCCUGUGGCUACAGUUUCUGGGACUGUAGUGGAUGACCGGCUUGUUCCAUCAGUAGAUGCUGACUCUGACCAGCUCUCUGAUCCAUCAAAUCUUAAUCGAUCUGAUCGUCCUUAUGUAAGUUGUGAUCCUGAGAAGUCAUGCCUGAGAUCUCCUCAGGAGUCACAGAGCAAGCAAAUUCGGAGCUGCACUAAGGUUCACAUGCAAGGUAUGGUGGUUGGAAGGGCCGUUGAUUUGACACGAUUUGACUGUUAUGAGGACUUGCUAAGGAAGCUGGAGGAGUUGUUUGACAUUAAAGGUCAGCUCUGUGGGUCUGCUAGGAAUUGGCAGGUUGUCUAUACUGAUGAUGAAGAUGACAUGAUGAUGGUUGGGGAUGAUCCUUGGAAUGAGUUUUGCAGCAUGGUGAGGAAAAUUUUUAUCUAUACAUCAGAGGAAGUUAAAAAGCUAUCACCCAAGAUAAAACUUCCAGUCAAUGAUGAUAGCAAACCAGCCAAGCCUGGUGUUGACACAGUUGUCAACACUGACGACCGGUCUUCAGUUGUUAGUCCUGGGUGCUAAUGUACCCAGGCUUUUAUGUGCUGCAGGAAAGCAACGAUAGAAGAGGCUGAGAGAAAAGAAUGUAGUGCUCAACAUUGUCUAUAUCUGCAUUACCUUAAUGAUAUCGCCAUUGAUGGCAAUGCCGAAAUGGCUUGCUACAGCAUCCGCAUCUGCGAGUCUGCUGUUCUGGCAGCAAAUUCAUCUGGAAAGAGUGAGAUGUGCCUCAAUGAUAGGGUUUAGAUCUCAUAUAAUUAGAUUUUUCUGCACUUUAAAAAAUUUUUGUGAAGCAAAAUCUAAUAGCGAUUGUUCAUUUGGUUUUUAAGCAGGCUUAAAAGUUUCUCUCCUCCCAUUGCUCAAUUGAAAGUUGCCCUUUUGUCUUUUUCCUUUUUUUUUUUUUUGCCUUCUGUCAAUUUAUUUUUGUUAUAUAAUAUACAACAUGGCACACUUGUCCUUUGUACAUAAAUAUAUAUAGCUUUGCAAUCUUUUGGUACUUGCA